AUGUCGGAUACGGCUCUUGACGUGAGCAGCCGAAAGGCUGAUGGUCGCUCCUCUGGACGUAUCUUCUCCCCGGAUAUUUUGACUGCACUGGCUAGACUAGUUGCUGGCUCUUUCAUCGCUGGAUUUCUUCCUGCGGCCAAUGCGACGUUCUCAAUUGCACGAUGCUGUACACUCGCCGUUCGGCAAGACUUCAAGAAAUAUUAUACCGAGUCAUACCCCUGGGAAGUGUGCAACUUCAAUAUCGACAUCAACUAUUCCGACAACGGGACCUUUCCAUCUAUUGUGCGCAGUAUGGCAUGGGCAAAAGAAUAUUGCCGGGGAGCGCAACUGAGCUCCUUGAAUCAGUGGCUGUUGCCCUUGUCAACAUAUAUCUCACCAUAUAUCGGUAUUCUGAUGAUGUCUCCCCUUGGCGAUGUCCCCUACCAUAACUAUUUGAAAUGCAAAGGUGACAAGAUUCAAAUGCUCACUGCCUUUGUCAAUGAUUUUCUCAACCCUUUGCUCAAUGUCUUAAGGAAGUACGUGCAAGAAUACAUCAGCCUUUUGGGUGAUCCUUCCAGUGCGACCUUUGGCGCUAUGCACGAGGUGUGGUCUGAUGCGAGAACCUUGAGCAAAAUUGCGCCACCGCCUCUCGAAAAGUCGUUGGGUCUCCCUCGCAAGGCAUUGUGGAUCGCCGCUCUGGCCGGAAAUAUUCGGUUCUCACAAGAAACGGGCUGGCAUCCAGAGGUCUUGCGUGCUGAAGGCCCGAACACUUCGGCUGAUGAUUUCUCUCCCAACACCGCUGGUGAGCUUGAGAAUAGCAAGGAAAAGGCCCCGGACGUUAUAUCGACCGUCAAACCGGAAAAGCCAUCGGAAGACUUGCAGCUCCUUGUGUCCGGCAGCAAGAACAAUAAAGCCACCGACAGGCUCAACGGAGCCAUCGAGAUGAUGAUUGCUUCGCAAAAGCCUUUUGUGAGCGCGAUCCUGAUUCCUGUCGUCCUGAUGCUUGCCGUCACUGCAGCAACAUUCUAUGAUGCUUACAGCAAGACAGGUGACAAAGACACCGCACUCGCCCUGGCCUACUGUGUGUGGUACUCGUGGAUUCUGAUCCUGGGUGUCGCCGGCAACUGUUAUGCCAGCGCCCUCAGCCCUAAAGUCGCCCAGAAAGCCUUUAAAGGCGUUCUUACCUUUGAAGAGGGGCCUGCGGAGACUGCACUUCGACAUCGAUAUAUCAACGGCCGUUGUUGGGAGAGCUGGGCGGCUGACCCUCGAAGCCCAACCGACUUGGGAUCCAUUUUGGAAAGGUUGAGCUCCGACUGGUUCUUCUGGCUCCGGUUCUGUUCCGGCCAGUUCCUCGGUCUCUGCUGUGUUACUUUCACGUCGGCUUGUGCUGUCGUCAUUGCAUGGACGACACCAACUGUGGGCCUGGGUUGCAGAUCGUUUAACUUCAUUUUAUACGUGAUCCUCUCCUUCGUCACGGGAUACCUGCAUGUCUUUUGUUCUUGGCUGUCAGUCCGCUCCAAAAUACAGCCUUGUGGUUCAGCCAAGGGUCACAUACGACUCCAAAUAUUCCGCUUUAUAUACUGGUCUCUUGUUUUUGUCAACUUCUUGGUCAUAGUUCUGGGAACAAUAUUCCAUCUGGUCGGCGUGUUUCGCACAUGCUGGUGCGAGCGACUAACGUGGUCGGACUCGACAUUGAUCGAGCUCAACAGCAAGACACAGCAGGCGGUAGACAAUGCUCGCAGGUACUGGGUUUCAACAGGAUAUGUAGAUUUUGGGAUUGUGUGGAUGGCAUGCAUGAUUGCUAUCAGCUUUCGCAUGUAUAUCGUGCAGAAGAUUGAUGAAUGGGACAGCGACGGCGGUCACAGCAAGGACAAAAGGAUGAACGGGAGCAGCUGA